AUGUCGUUUGAAGUAGGGGCACGGGUGGAAACCGAAAAAACGGGUAAAGGUCGAGUUGCGUUCUGUGGUGAUGUGCAAUUCGCUGAUGGUGAAUGGGUCGGUGUUAUUCUCGAUGAACCUCGAGGGAAGAACAACGGUACUGUGCAGGGCGUUCAGUACUUCACAUGUGAACCUAAUUACGGGCUCUUCAUACGUCCCACACAGUUGAAAUCAGAAUCAGCCCGAACACGAACAAGUGGUCUAAAAACACCAGCAGCUCGUAAGGAUGUUACACCGGCGACAAAAGGUGCGCGCUCCUCUCCUAGUGGUAGUCCAAAAGUAAGUCCUUCUGUUUCAUUGGAACGUCUGUCAAAGGUUCCGGCACCAAAGAAAGUGCUUUCCUCGUCAAGGCUUGCUGAUCAUGCUGAUCAGAAGAGAAAAUCUUCCACAUCUCUCAAGACAAGGUCUUCUUCAACUGUUUCGUUGACGCCAAAAAUAGCCCGAGAAGGGUCGAAUUUGUCGCAAGCUGGUUCAGAGAAGAACGAAAGGCAGGAAAAAGAAAAGCAACCCGAAAAGCCACCGGAGAAAUCGCCUGAGAAACCAGAGAGUGUCAUGGAUAAGGUGAAGAAGUUACAAGAGUCUGCUGCGCCUAUGUCUCCGAUGUCUCCAAUUCAUACAUCUAUCCCUUCGGGAAUGGACGAAGGCACUGAGCAGGAGUAUCUGAAGCUUCAAGUCAAGGACUUGUCAGAGAAGCUCGAAACUUUGAGACUCAAACGCAAAGAAGAUCACGGCAAACUUGUGGACUACGAAAGGAGCAAGAUUCAGUUGCAAGCUUUGAUGGAGUUGAAGUCGAAAAUGGCUGACCAGUUACUGGAUCUGCAAAGACAACUUCAAGAAGCGAGAAAGGAGGCGAUUGAAAGCCGCGAGUGGAAAGAAGCUAAUCAGGACGAGUUAAGUUCAGCAGCUGAGCAGCUAGAGAUGGCGACAAUAGAUAAAGAAAUGGCUGAAGAAAGGGCGGAAGCACUACAGAUUGAGCUUGACUGUUUGAAGCUAAAGAAUGAAGAACUUGAAGCGGAUCUAGAAAUCCUCAAAGAAGAAAUGGCUGCUGGAGGUAGUGGAGGCAUCAGUGAAGGCAAUAGUGUGCAGUUGAAACAACUUGAGCUGCAGAACGAAAGACUAAAGGAGGCGCUAAUAAAGCUUCGUGACAUAAAUGCAGCCGCUCAAGCAGAAAAGACUGCAGCGGUGAGAGAGGCAGAAGUGCUAAGAACGGAAAAUGUGGAGCUUGUAAGAGCUGCUGAAAUCGCCAGGAAAACUGCCCAAGAUGCGGAUAUGCGAAUUCAUGACUACCAGGAGCAGAUCGAGGCGGCAAUGGGAGCCGAAGAAAUGGUUAUGAAUUUGGCCAACAAGAACAUGGAGAUGGAGAAUCAGAUCAGACAACUCGAAGGUGAUCGGGAUGAACUGGAGGCUCUUCGUGAUAUGGAUGAGCAAAUGAUGGAGGAGCAGAAACUGGUCGAGAAGGCAUUACUGGGAGAAAUCGAAGGACUUCAUAUGAAGAUCAACGAACUUCAACGACGGAUGAAGCAAGAGGAAGAUCAUCGCGAUGAGUUGAUUUCAACCAUUAUGAAAUUCCGGAAGAAAGUUGGCGAGCAAAACGAGGAGAUUCAAGAUCUCAAGGAUCAGGUUUUGAGAUAUCAAGAAGAAUUGACCGGUCAUAAAUCUGAGGAGAACAAUAUGGCUAGCAUUGUCAGUCAGAUGCAAGUUAAUGUGAACAGAACAUUUGCUGAGUCGGUCGAACGUCAAGUUUCUGCCAUAGAGGUUGAAUUCGCCAGGAAACAAAUGGGUUACCUCAAGCAGUUCCUACCAGAUAACUUUACUAAAGCUGGAGGUGAUAAUGAUGCGGUGGUUCUAAAUGUGUUGUUUCCACGAUUGUCAGCGAAAGCGAAGCUACUAACCAAGCUCAUGGCUGAAAGAUUUCCUGGAGUACCUGGAGGAACGCGUCGCGAACAUGUCACGAAGUCCCAUAAGGCUGAACAAUGGGCUCAUUCUGCUCGUAUCGCUCAUACCAUGAGUGCUUUAAUAGCGACUUGCGGACAGUUUGAGAGCGCUCUUGGGAACAUAUCUCUCGAAGACCUAUCUCGAUUAGCUCAACUUCAGCCUGAAAUGACCUCACAAGAGAGAGUUAUCGACGGGUAUCUGGAACUACUAAGGCAAGCAAGACUAGACGCAGAAACAUCUCUCGAGAAUAUGGAUAAAGUGGUCACAUAUUUCCAGAAUGUUUUGUCUGUUAAUGUAAGUGCAGAUAGCUAUGAUACGUGUGCAUGGCUGCGAAAUGUCUUCCAACAGAUUAUCACAGGCAUUGCGUGGUGUAAAGUAAACAAUCAGAGGAUUUCGUUCUUCUUGAAGCCAGGACAAGAAGGAUGUGACGUGGCUGAAUUGAUAAAAACAAUUGGCGAUGAGCUAGUGCAGUGUGAGCAGUUAGCUAUACGAGCUGGUAAACGAGUUCCUACGGAGAAACAGUUGAAACUGACUCCGCAGACGAAUGACGAUAUUCAAUCAGCAAUCCACCACUUGGGAAGAUUGGCGUCUAUUCUGCACGAGACAUGUGGAAUAGCAAGUGUCCAGAUCAACAUUAACCCAGAACUGGAUGGAUUUGACUCAACAAGAGUGAAAGAAAUGAUUCAUGGCGAAGUUGAAAAGGCUAACGGUUCAAUAACAUUGGAGAAAACAUUUGAUCCGAUUAGCAAGUAUCUGUGGACUCUAAGAGAAGCUCUCAGCAAUAUUUUCAAAGCAUUGGAAACUGGAUCUAUGGAAAUAGAUCCAAAAGAAAAGGGCUUCCCUCCAGUUCUCGAAAGGGCUCACCUGCGAAAGCAAGCAGCUGCUGAGGCUGAAGGGCUGCGUUGGCAACUAGAAAAAAAGGAUAUGGAGAUUCUCGAACUGAAAAAGACCAUUAAGAGCAGACUCGACGAUAUUAGCAACUACAAGCUCCGCCUGGACAUGGCUGAGGCGAGGAUUGAAUCUGCAGGCAAGCAAGAUAAUGUAAAAGUGCAGCAUUUGGAGGCGAAAAUAGAGCAGCUAGUGGCUGACAAUAAGAAGAAGCAAAUUGAGUUUGACGAGACCAUGGAUGCCUUACAGAAGGAGCUGAAGGAGUGCGAGAGAGAAAAUUCCGAACUGAAGCAGAUAGCAAAGAAUUUCUCGAGGAAGACGCUUUUGGACAAUAUACAACGUAUUGAAUCACGAGCUGUCACAUCACCAGUUCAAGCAACGUCUCCUGUUGGACUUGCGUUAGGGAGAGAAGAAGCGGCGUUACUUGAACAACAGCUCACCGAAAGUCGUGAAUCACUACGUAGAGCUACGUUGGAGAUCAUUUCGCUAAAAGCUGAAUUGUCAAUGGCGCAGAACAGAAAUGGCGUAAUGCGCCUUCCUGAUAUGGUUUGUGGACCGGAAACCUUGAAAGCAAAAGAGAAUGAUGCCAUACUGGAAGGAAUCAGUAAGGAAGUAGACCAGUUGAAAAGGGAUGAACUCAAGUAUAUGGUGUUCAUUCCAAAUCCCUCGCGACCACGACAUCUGCAAGAACAAGAUCGAACCCAAUUCGAGAAGGAAAGAGACGCUUACAACUAUCAAGUUUCUACGGUGCGAGCACGACUACAUCAGUACUGGAAGGAGAUGUGUCCAGGACAACCAUUCCCUACACUGUUUGAUCUGUCAUCGAUAAAGAAAGUGCCGAAAGUGCGUGAUGUCCGAUACGGCGUGAUCCUAGGAAAAAUAAUAGUAGUGUUUAAAUCUCAUUUGAACAACUCGUACUUUCAUCGUACAGUUGCCUGUAAUAUCUUCGUCAAAUGUGCUCCUGUGCUGCAGUAUCCUUUCUAUCUUUUCCAUAGUCGUUCAAACUGCUACGAAGAAGGAGAAGUCGAAGCUUUCUACAUGGAAGAUCAUACCUUCUACAAGAUCAUAGUUGGUGAUUUCAACGCCAAAAUUUGCCGCCGAGAAACUUCACAUUGGGACCCACGGUCUCCAGUGGAACGAAUGGGAAAAGAGGCUUUCCGAGUUUAUCAUAUUCAUGACGACUAA